GCCUGCAGAGGUCAUUAGACAGAAACACAACAAAGAAACGAAACUAACGAGGAAUUGAAACCAUAUAAACAUUGAAGAAACUGAAGCUAUGUAGUCAUUCGUGUCUGCAGUCAAAUAAGUGUUGCUUAUUCUUGUCCUGGGCUGGCUGUGCAAUAAUCUCAGAAUUCUAUAUAUCAAGACCUAACCAGUUCAUCAAGACCUUAAAAGAUGGAAGAUAAAGAUACAUCAACUCUUGAACCGAAGGUUGUCCUACUGAGUGAUGUCAAACUCCAGCUUUUACGUAUAAAAGACGAAUCAUGGGAAAUGAUUGAUGAAUUUGAGGAUAAAAUUAUGAAACUAGAGGUGAAUUCAGCCCGAGACAAGGAGAGAACUUAUGAUUUAUUUCAGGAUCUACAAGAAUUACUUAGAAAAGAGGGGAAUAUGCGUUUAACCGAAAAUGAAAUAAAGGAAGAAAAGGCAAAGACAGUUUUAGAAACAGCCAUCCUGGAUUUGACUGAAAUAUCAACUAACAUCACUGACCAAUUGGAGAAAAUGGAAAGUAAUUCAUCAAUGAGACGUUUUCUGAUCAAAACCAGGAAGAAAAAGGAAAUGUUAACUACUCAGUUGAAGGCAAUGGAUGGACUUGAGACACAGUUUAAUGGAUUUAUGUCUCCACUUCAUCUCCGAGAUUGGAACGGAAUGAGACAUAUUGUAAAACCAAUUCCUGAACCUCUUCAUUUUGACCCAGAGAGUGCACAUCCUAAUCUCAUCUUGUCUCCAGACCUCAGACAAGUAAAGUACAGCAAUUCUACUAAGAAAUUGAAGGGAAGUAAACUCUGUUUUGAGCCAGGGCUUUAUGUACUGGGGGUUCCAGGAUUCCAGUCUGGCCGUCACUACUGGGAGGUCCAUGUGGGUAACAGAAGCAAUUGGGUCAUCGGCAUUGUAAAAGAGUCAGUGGAACGUAAGGGAGUACAUGAACUGAGCCCACAAAAUGGGUACUGGGUCAUACGGAAGCAAACACACAAUACAUUUUAUGGUAUCGGGGAUCCCCCUCUUCGUCUAGUACUGAAGAACCAACCCACUAGGAUUGGAGUGUGUCUGGAUUUUUUUGCUGGUCAUGUGGCCUUUUAUGACACAGACACAACUCUUCUGAUCUUUCAGUUCAAUGAUUUUCAAGUAAAGGAGAAAAUGUUUGCUUUCUUUUGCCCAGGAAUAGCUAUGCAAGAUGAAGACUGGUGCUCAUUAACAUUGUGUCCUUAAGACACCAGUUGUGAACUAUAGACAAAAAACAACAACAAAACAUAUAAUUAUUCUGAUUCCAUUUACUGUGAUAUGAACUAACGCCAUGCUCCUCAAAAGACAACUGGAAUAUGUUAAUUUCAAAAGACACAUCCUCCCAAGUGUGCAUUUGUGAGAAUCUGCGUGCAAUAUACUCUGCAUUCUGACAAUUUUGGU